AUGUCUCCUACCGACAACCCCAUAUUCAAAAAUGCGCCCUUUGAUAAAUACCCGCAAUGGGUGCUGGCCAAACUUCGUCCUCAGGCCAUCGAUAUGAUUCAAAGAGUCCAUAACUGGAUUGAAACCGAAUGUAUACCCGCGGAACAGAUUAUGAAAGCCCAGGUUGCCGCCAACAGAUGGAAGACGCCCGAAAUCAUGCGUUCACUUCGAGCCAAGGCCAAGUCUCAAGGCCUAUGGAACAUCUUUCUACCCAACCACUUCAAGGAGUCACCAGGCCUGACCAACUUGGAGUACAGCUGCUGUGCCGAGAUCAUGGGUCGAGUGUACUGGGGAGCCAUGACGAUGAACUGCCAGGCGCCCGAGACCGGCAACAUUGAAUUGCUGGCCAAGUAUUGCAACGAAGAACAAAAGCGCAAGUGGCUGAAGCCUCUGAUGGACGGCGACUUUUCGUCGGCAUACAGCAUGACCGAGCCCGAUCGUGCCAGUUCCGACGCCACCAACAUCGCCUGUCGCGCCGUGAGAGUUGGCGACGAAUACAUCGUCAACGGCCGAAAACUGUACGGAAACGUCAACUACAACGAAGACAUGAAGCUGUACAUUAUCAUGUUGUGCACCGAUCCCGACAACAAGGAUCCCUGGGCCCGUCAUACCACGUUCCUCAUGCCCAGCGACACCCCGGGGUUGACCAUCAAGCGAAACCUGACCAUCAUGGGCUACGACCAUGCUCCCGAGGGCCAUGGAGAGUACGUGUUGAAGGAUGUGCGCAUCCCCAAGGAAAACGUCAUUCUCGGAGAAGGCAGAGCCUUUGAAAUUGCCCAGGGACGAUUGGGACCCGGCCGUAUCCAUCACUGCAUGAGAUUGCUUGGACAAGCCGAGCGGGCGUUUGAAUUGGCUUUGUUGCGAUGCAAAGACGUGCGCAAGAUGCCACGUGGAAAAUUCAUUGGAGACUUUGAUUCCAACAUCGAACGAUUGGCCGCCAUGAGGUUACAGAUUGAUGCCAUGCGACUAGUUGUCCUCAACGCCGCCGACACCAUGGAUUCUCAAGGCAACAAGGCCGGUCGCUAUGUGAUUGCACAGAGCAAGAUCCUGGUCCCCGAGAUGAUGGCAAAUGUUAUCGACGAAUGCAUGCAGAUGUAUGCCGGCCAGGGCUUGACCCAGCACACUUCUCUACCUGAGAUGUGGGCCUAUGCUCGCUUUGUCAGAGUUGCCGACGGCCCAGAUGCUGCUCAUCGUCAUCAAGUCGGCCGAGACCAAUUGAAGAAGUUUGAGGCUACCAGACUGCGACAUACCGCCUAUGCUGAUCGAGCAAGGGGGCUGAGGAAGCAAUGGGGACUUGAAAGUUCCGAAGGCGAAUUUGAAUGGGAAUAUGUCCCUCCUGCGCCCGCCAAGUUGUGA